GCAGGUGGGUGCAAUGUUUCUUCUUUUGAUGUGUCCUUGUCUCCACCUCAGGGCCCUGGCUGGCCUGCCUGUUGAGGCGAGGUUGUGGAUAUCCCUGACCCCAGUGUUCCCUGUUUUAGAUGAUGUGGGGCAGCAUCCACCUGAACGCACUUCACCAUGGCGGCCAAGGUUUUGGAAGGAAGCCCUUCUCCUCUCCUAUCUCAAGGUUAGACCCUCGAACCAUGGGACACGGGUCUCAGGCCCCCAACUUGGAGCCCUGACCAGUGCACACAGCUGCCUGCCUUUUUCCCUUGUGUCCAGGAGCAUCCUUCUGCCAGCUUCUAUGUUGCCUGUCCUUGGUCAGCUUGAAUCUCUUGAGAGAACCCAGUCCUGUAUGUGCCUAGGCCCUGCCACAGGGACCUGGACGCCCUGCCUGUUGAGGCGAGGUUGUGGAAGUCCCAGGCCCCCAGUGGUCCCUGCUUCUGGUGAUAUGGGACAGCAUCCACCUGAAUUCACUUCACCAUGGAGGCCAAGGUUUUGGAAGGAAGCCCUUCUCUUCUCGUAUCUCAAUAUCAGAUCAUCGGAGCAUGGGACAAGGGACUCAGGCCCCCGACCCUGGAGUCUUGACCAGUGCACACAGCUGUCUGCCCUUUUGCCUUGUGUCCAUCCAGGAGCGGCCUUCUGCCAGGUGGGACUUCCGUGCUUGACCUAGCGUCUCAUGGAGUUGGGUGGUCGUCUCACUUGGUUUGAAAUCUUCCCGUGUGCUCAGGGUUCUGGGUCACCACCAAGGCACUGCCCUAGCAGGACCAGAGUCAGCCUGGGAGGCCCCUUUUUGGGUGGCCGGCUUGACCUGGAAGGGUGGGCCAGAAGACCCAAGGCCAUCCUGGCAGCUGUACUGGUCACCCUGGUGGGUGGAGUCAUGUAGAAAACUGCUGGAACUCUGAAAGCUGCUUUGUGUGUGUGUGUGUGUGUGUGUGUGUGUGUGUGUGUGU